AUGAAAACUUUGAUAACAUUUGAUAUAGACGGAACACUUCUUAACUUCUCCGAUAAAGGCCAUUGUUAUAUACGUGUAUUUAAUCAAACUUUCGCUGACAUUUUUGGCGGCGACAAAAAUCCGAGAGAUUAUUUACCAAAAAGAAUGUGCGGAGCUACAGACAAAUAUCUUCUAAGUUAUAUGAUCAAAGAAAUUACAAAGCAACCAGAAACAGAUGAAAAACUUUAUCAUCAAUUUCAUGAUGAAAUCAUUUCACGUUUUGUGAAAGAGUUUGAUGGUAGCAUUUCACUCACAAAAGGAUGCAAAGAGCUACUUGAUCAUCUAUCUAAAAUGAAAAAUGUUGGUUUGGGUGUAUGCACAGGAAAUUUCCCCGAAAUUGCACAAAAGAAACUUUCUUCAUGCGGCAUUUUAGAUUAUUUCGAUAAGGAUGCAUGCUGCUUUGGAGCAUCUGAAGAACGAACCAAUGUUUUAGCAGAUGCUAUCGCUUCUGCAACAAACAAACACGGAAAAUUCUCAAAAGUCAUCCAUUUCGGCGAUACUGUCCCAGAUUAUAACGCUGCACUUGAUAAUAAAGCCUUUCCAUUUUUAAUUACCUAUUGGGGCUUUGAUUCUCAUGUUCCACAGCUUAAUUUCAAAAAUACUUACAAAGAUUUUAUUGAGUGCAAAGAGGACUUGCUUACACUCAUCAAUUCCGAAUAG